AAUGAGGGUUUCUCGAAGCUAUUAAAAUGCCGCUGUUCCUGGAAGGUAUGCACUUUGCCUUCUGACUGAUCUGCCUGAUAUAGUCAGGGGAUAUCAGGAGGGAGUGAGAUAUAUGGGCAGUGCUAAAUCACACAACCUGCUUCUGGAUUGAGACGUCGGAGCAACUUGCUGUGUGUUUGUGUGCGAGAGAGAAUCAGAGAGGAGCGGACCCGUCAACAGGUACCCGUUGCUAUUUGAGCUUCAGAUUUGGAAACAUCAGACUAUUCGUGGAUUUACACCUUUGUGUCAGAUAUAGAAAGGCCACCCCACGUGAAUCAAAAUGAAGACCUCUCUAUUGUCCCUGGCAGUGCUCUUCCACCUGAUUUACUGCAGUCAGGGAGACUGUAAGGCUGAGUGCCUUACCUGCAACAACUUGCAGCAGCAUGAACAGUUCGGUAUACUGGCCUGCAGUCUGGAGUGUGAAGGGAAAAUUCCAUCUUCUGCCAUUUGGAAAAACUGUCGACAAAUCAUCUCUGUAUCUCCAUUGUUAUCUCUGAAAAUUAGUUCAUCUCAAGCCAGGAACCUGCCUUUUGGUGUUGCUAGGAUCUUUGGCACCAUUGACUCGGGAAAUACUCAUGCCUUUCUGCAAGAUGUGAAGAAUGUGAUGCCCAUUGGGAGCACCGAAGACCUUGAUGAUGUAACUGAGGCCACAUUUGAGGUGAUCAACAGUCCACAAGAUACAGAAAUGCCUUCAGCCAAGAGGUCCUAUGAUUUCCAAGCAGAGCCACUGGCUUCCAAGCCAAAUGAAAGGUCCAUGAAGAGGUAUCACGAUGGCAUCAACGCUGUGGAAGACAAGAAAAGUUUCCAGAAGAGAUAUGGUGGUUUCAUGGGCGUCAGGAAAUCAGCCAGGAACUGGAGCAAUCUGAUCAGACAGAGAAAUCAGAAAAGAUAUAGUAAAUUUCUUAGGCAAUAUCUUGGGUUGACAACACGUUCUACUAAUGACAGUUUACCAGACAAUUUGGCUGCUUAAUUGUAAGAAUGUGAUGUUUGAUGUGAUGCUUAGGUUAGUUUACAGGGGAGUCAGCCUUAGCUCUAGCCUGUCAUUACUGGGUUUGAUACUGACACACUUAACUUGGGAACAAAAAUAUAGUCUACCACUCGCAGCAGUCCCUGAAGGUUCAAUUGCUUCUAAAGGAAAAUUAAAAAUUUGAAAUGAAUAUUAUUUUUUGUUUAUUUAAAGAACUAUCACAAUCUAAAAAGGUUUUGAGCAGGGCAUUGAACCAGAUUGGUGGGUGGAAGGUGCAUGAAAUGAAACGGUAGCAAACUCAAAUACAUUAUCUCACCAUUGAUUGGACCUAUCAGUGAUAAAAUACUCCACAAAAUAUUGACCUUUUGGACCUUCAACGCUGCUGCUCUGGAAACAUCAGACAUUUAACAUUGAACUGGAUACACAUUUGAUGGAGUUCAUAGAACCACACAAGUACAGAAUAAGGUGUGUUAGUUCUAUGUAAGAGUUAUCCAAUUAUAUCCUUUACGACAAACAUCAGCAAAGAUUGUGUUCCUGAUUAAUAUUGGUGUUAAAAAUCUUCCUCUCAUAAUAUACUCUAAAAUGGUCAUUUAUUGCAGUUCUGUUAUGAGCAUCAAUGAUAAAUAAUAUCUUUAUCGCCACAAUCCCAUUCUAUCUUUUGGUCCAAUUUCCCUGCUCUCUUCUUCUAUAUGGACACUUGUUUGAGGUAGAGUUUCAGCUGGUUUCCCCAAUUUUCUAUACCUUGGGUGAAAGAUUACAUGAAGCCCUCUCCCACACCCUAACUAUAAAGGUGAUAUAAAGGCUGCUUUCAUAGACUGCUGUUAAAGUCACAGAAGGUCAGAUGUAUACCCCACAUUCCCUCCAAUACACGUCUUUACAAAAUAAGUUUAUUUGCUUUUGAUCCUUCACUAUUUCAUGAAUCAAUUGAUCAGAGCUCCAUGUUCUGGAGAAAGACACAAAAUGUUGGAGUAACUCAGCGGGUCAGGCAGCACCUCUGCAAGUCAAGGAGUCAAGACACUUCUUUACACUGAAGAAGGGUCACGAACCAAAACGUCACCUAUUCCUUUUCUCCAGAGAUGCUGCCUGACCUGCUGCGUUACUCCAGCAUUUUGUGUCUAUCUUCGGUGUAAACCAGCAUAUGUAGUUCCUACUUACACGUAUCCAUGUUGUGGAAGUCACAGAAACCAUUCAAGGAACAAGUUUCACAAUAACAAAGGUAGUUAAUAAUAACCCUCCUCAUGUUAGCAGGUCACAUGAGAACAAAACCAGCUUUUGCAGUAAUUUUACUGGACCCUGGGCUAUGGUAACUUUUAGUCUGGCCUGCUGAAAGGGAAGCUUGCAUAUUUCACUGCGCUUCAUGCACCAUGUGCAGAGUAGACGAGCUCUUCCACCACAUUCUCCUGCUGUUAUAAAGACGUGAGAUUGUGGAGGAUGAGUUGCAGAGAGCUUCAUGCAGUAGAAAGAAGUAAAAACAGAAAGAUAAUGGCGAUGGUCUUGAGGAUUAUGCAGAAGGCCUGGGGAUAUCAGGCUCAUGAUAGCCCGGGGAGUGGGAUGCUGUAAAGAUCUGCAGCAAUUGGAAGGGGGGGGUGAUCAGUAAAAUGCAAAGUGAAAGGCAUCACCCACUAGGAAGAUGCAUUCUUCAAUCUGAAACAAAACUCACAAGCAAAAUUGCGUGGGCAUCCUUGAAACAGGCAGAUGUUGGAAUACCAUUAGACUUAUUAUAUUAAAAUACCCAUUAAUGACCUGCCCAGUCAAAUGAUUUCACUAUUUUGCAGUCUCCCACUUUUCCUUUCCCUCCUCCACUAACUCAUCCAUUAAUAGAACCAAAACAUUUUAAAGCUUGAAUGUUUUUGAGUUAGAGACUCCAGGAGUGUCUCGGAGAGCAGACAUUGGCUGCAUCCUCUCUAUUCUAGCUAUAGUCACCGGGACCAUAAAACCAUUAAAAAAAUAUGGGUCAAAGAAGUCUAUAAAACCCAUUCCUUCACACACUCCACUCAACCAAUGUAACAACUGAAUUGCUUUUACUUUGCAAUGUAGAAAAUUAUCCCAAAGAACCUUGCAGCCGUUCACUUAAAACAAAAACACGUGGCAACGUUUUCUGGAGCAGAUUAGUGUUCCAUAAAUGGUCAUGGAUUCUUCCUAAUGCACAAAAGCAAUCAAACAAUAGUAACAUAACAAUAAUGUUAACAUCCAUACUAAUAUUAACUCAAUGCACAGCUCCAACUGGUUAUAUCCCAUGGGUGAUCUUUGAAUAAUUAGAGAUAAUAAUGGCAACAAUCUCACCCCAAGAAUUGAAAAGAUUAGUCCAUUCAUUCUAAAUAUGUGGUUGACUGAAGCCUCUUUUCUAAAGUUACAACUGUGUAAUUGCUCCCAGAUGAAAACAAGCUGACCACUUGCUUGCAAUCUGCAAUUUAUGUUUUGAUGCUAUCAAAUUCAUUGGUAUAUUUAAAAGAAUACUAGAGCAAAACAAGUUAAUGUUCUUGUUUUUGCAUUGUAGUGGGUGAGAUAUACACCAAGACACAUUACACCUUGUUCUGUGAUUUUCAACAGUGAAGGCUGACUUCCCUUUUAAUAGUGCGUUUAGUUUAGCUACUGCAUGCUACGUGAUCAGCAAAAUUGUUUCUUAAACUGCUUUUUUUUGAUUAUGCAGUCAUAAUAGCCUGUAAUUUUGGAUCUGAUUAAAAAACAGAUGCAUUCUUGGUUCAGCCAGCUUGCCUGCCUGCCUGCCUGCAAUUUCUUAACAUUGAGCAUGACCAAUAAAGCGAAACUGGUUUCACUGUCACAACA